AUGGAAUCCAAAAACAAGCUCUGCGCCAGGAAGGCCACCUGGCUAGCUUUCGGCCUCAUUGCACUUGCUGCGAGUAUCUCCUCGGCGCAGGACACCGCACAACCAAAUUCCAUCUUAGAGGCAAUUCAUACAGUGCAAGAUAUCACAACCACCGCUGAGCAGUCGACCCCGUCAGAAGCUGCUCGCGCUUAUAAACAAGCACUCUCAACGUUGACUUCACUAAAAGCACACCCAUCACAACAUACGUUCGACCCCGCUCUUGCCAGUGGAAAUGGAAAUUCAAAAUCCAUAUUUUCAUCCUUCCUUCCGAACUUGCAAGGUCAAGGGCCAAUUGGUAGUCUCGUUCGAAUUCUGAUGAAACUCCAUAACUCUGUGAACCGCGUCACAAAUGUUCUAAGUCCAGAAGGACUAGGCUUGGGGUCGAAGAAGAAAGAUGAGGAAAGGAGGCGGAAGGCCAUCAAAGUCAUCGAUUUACUAGAGCUUUCCGCAGAACUGGGCAACACAGAUGCGCUGUUUACUCUCGGACAAGUGUCCUUGUUUCCUCCGACACAACACUUCAUCAUGAAUCCACAACUAGCAUACCGUGCAUUCUCAUCACAUGCGGCUCAAACUGGAAACGCAACAUCGCAGUCCUAUAUUUCUUUUUUCCAUGCCACAGGGUUCAAGGAUGUCGUUCCAGUGGAUCAAGGGAAAGCUCAACUAUAUACCACUUUUGCAGCUAACGGUGGAGACAAAGGCGCGCAAAUGACCCUUGGGUACCGUUAUUGGUCAGGAAUCGGUACUUCUGAGAGUUGUGACAGUGCACUGUCAUGGUACGGAAGCGCUGCUGAACAAGCCAUGGCGAAGUUCAUGUCUGGUCCUCCAGGUGGCCGUACUUUGCCCCAAACUGCGACACGACUUUCGGACCUUAAUGGGGGUAUAUUUGGGCCUGGCGCAAGUGUUGCAUCCACAGGAAUCAACGCUCAGCGUCCAGCCGUUAAAGCUGGUGUAGCCCGUGCCUCCGGAGAAACCUGGGAAGAUGUGCUAGAAUAUUACCUCUUCAACGCUGAGCGUGGCGAGAUAGACUUUGCAUAUCGCCUUGGAAAAAUAUUUUACCAAGGUAGUAUAUAUGCCACACCUGGCGGAAUUGCAUCAGGAAGUGAAGGAGUGGGAGCCAUUCCCCGAAAUUACAGGCUGGCACGUAGAUAUUUCCUUCUCAUAGCUCGACAGCUCUGGCCACACGACCCACCGAGCACAACACAAAUCAAAGACGAUAAACGACCCGUCAAUCACGCCACGCUCGCCGCAGGUUAUCUUGGCCGGAUGUAUCUUCGUGGGGAGGGCGUUGCAGUUGAUUACUCUAUGGCAAAAGCCUGGUUCGAGCGAGGGGCAGAACACGGCGACAGAGAAUGUCAUAACGGACUGGGAAUCAUCUAUAGAGAUGGCCUGGGCGUCAAACCGGAUACCAAAAAAUCUGUCGCUCAUUUCAAUAUCGCCGCUGGGCAAGAACUCGCAGAAGCCCAAGUCAACAUAGGGAAAUACCAUUACAAUCGUGGUGAAUUAACACUGGCCACGACCUAUUUCGAAACUGCCAUACGUUAUGGCUCGCCAUUCGAAGCUUAUUAUUAUCUUGGAGAGAUUCAUUCUGCACAAGCAUCAAAUACUGCACUGCCUUCUCACCUGUCUUCCAGCUCUUGCGCCAUGGCAGUUUCAUUCUAUAAACUUGUGGCCGAGCGCGGUGUCUGGGAAGACGAUCUACUACGGGACGCUGAGAUAGCGUGGAUGUCUGGCACCGACCAGGGCAAGGAACUUGCCAUGUUAAAAUGGCAGAUCGCUGCGGAGCGCGGUUAUGAAAUUGCACAGAAUAAUUUAGCCUAUGUUCUUGAUCAAGAUAAAAGUAUUCUGCGAAUGACAAGAUUCGCACCCACAACAUUCUCCAAAGACGCCGCACGCCUUGCACUUACAAAUUGGAUUCGCGCAGCAGGGCAACGCAACAUUGAUGCACUAGUCAAAGUGGCGGACUAUUAUUACCAUGGACUCGGUGUCCCAGAAGACGAGUCGGACCAAUCUCGCCUGGAGAAAGCCGCCAAGUAUUAUCAGUCGGCAUCGGACACCCAACUAAGCGCAUUAGCGAUGUGGAAUCUAGGAUGGAUGUACGAAAAUGGCGUUGGAGUACCGCAGGACUUUCAUCUGGCAAAACGACAUUAUGACCUCGCCUUGGAGACCAAUAGCGAGGCGUAUUUGCCAGUGAUUCUAUCCCUUGGAAAGCUUUACGUUCGGAGCAUAUGGCACACUCUUAUGGGAGGGCAAGGUGGUCUGAGUCUGUGGGGAUCUGACGAAGAAAUAACGAAACCAGCACAAGGAAAGCAAAUCGAAGACGGCACAUUGGCGCCAGGUGGAGAGGAGGCGGUGGAUGAUGAAUAUCAGGAAGAGGAAGAUGGACCAUGGUAUUUUGGGAAGGCAAAAGAAGAAUUCCAGCGACGAAGUGGCCAGAUUACCGAUUCAAGAAGACCCAGAAGAGAAGAGGAAGAUCCCAUCCAGUGGGCACGAGAACGGCGUGACGCCGAUCGCGAACGCGAUAGUGAACUGGGGCCGGAGGACUAUUUCGAUGGGAUGCGUGCGGGGAAUCGCGAUGAUGCUGAGCUGGACGAGUUUGGGGAAACGAUGGUGUUGGUUAUCUUGUGUCUAGUGAUCUCUAUUCUUCUCUACAUACGGACACGGAUAGUAGAGAGGAUGCGGAGAGACCAGCGCGAACAGCAAGCAGGAGACCAGCAGGGUCCUGCCAAUGGUCCCGACGGCGGGCUCUUCCCUCCUCCAGGAGAUCCUGCACGGAACGACUGGGCAAUUCUGCGCUGA